CGGCGCUGUAGAGGGCGCUGCGCGGCCCGGGCCGGCGCAGGGUUGGGCGCGCCGCUCCCGGCGGUGGCGGCGGCGCAGUUCCCGUUCCUGUUGCUGCUGCCGUUCUGUCGGGCUGGGCCGGGUGCAGGGCCGGGAGUCGACGGCCGUGUCACGUCCUCGCUGCUCCUUUCUUCCCUUUGCUUCUCAGUCGUCGGUGCUGGUGGCGGGGAGGGAGCGCGGGGCGCCAGCGCGGCGCCGCAUGCGUCGCUGAUGGAGCCGGGCUCAGGGCUGCCGCAGCGCAGGUUGGGGGGCGGCGGGUUGGACCUCGGGACGGGUUCGGCUGGCGGUUCGCCGGCUCUCUCCGGGGGACAGUCCCGCCGCAGGAAGCAGCCGCCGCGCCCGGCCGACUUUAAGCUGCAGGUGAUCAUCAUCGGGUCGCGGGGGGUGGGCAAGACCAGCCUCAUGGAACGUUUCACCGACGACACCUUCUGCGAGGCCUGCAAGUCCACCGUGGGUGUUGAUUUUAAAAUCAAAACAGUAGAGCUAAGAGGAAAGAAAAUUAGAUUACAAAUCUGGGACACAGCAGGUCAGGAGAGAUUCAACAGCAUUACCUCAGCUUAUUACAGAAGUGCCAAGGGAAUUAUUUUGGUGUAUGAUAUCACCAAGAAGGAAAGCUUUGAUGAUUUACCAAAAUGGAUGAAAAUGAUUGAUAAGUACGCUUCAGAGGAUGCAGAGCUUCUAUUAGUUGGAAAUAAACUGGACUGUGAAGUUGAUAGAGAGAUUACUCGACAGCAGGGAGAAAAGUUUGCACAGCAGAUAACUGGGAUGCGGUUCUGUGAAGCAAGUGCCAAGGAUAAUUUUAACGUGGAUGAAAUAUUUCUAAAGCUUGUUGACGACAUUCUGAAAAAGAUGCCACUGGAUGUUAUAAGAAAUGAGUUGUCCAACAGUAUCCUGUCCUUGCAACCAGAGCCAGAAAUCCCACCAGAACUGCCUCCUCCAAGGCCACACAGCCGUUGCUGUUGACUUGUUACUCCACACAGAGUGAAAAAUAGAAGCACAGGAGGGCAAAGGAAGUAUCUGUACUACUCUGCACUACAAUCAUUUGGCAGUUUCUUGUUGCACUUUGUUAUUCGAGUCAGAGCUACACACUAACUUGUAAAUAUGCAAAUACGCAAUCCUGUGUAGGAUUCAGCUAUAACAUUCAAUUAUUCCCCUUCCCCCUCCCCCCCACCAUGAUGAUGGCUCAUUCAUUGCCCCAGUGUUAUAAAUACUGUACAGUGGGUGGGGGGUUACCACACUUCCAGUUGGGGAGGAGGAGGAGAAAUUAAAUCUAUACCUAUUCUUGACAUAAAUGUUGUAAUAGUUCUUUGUUAUUAUAAACAGGCAGAAGCUCUUCUGGUAUGAAGAUAAGUAUAUGGUGCUUUGCUAACUAUUUUAAAGACAAAUUUUUUUAAGAACAGAGGACUUUAUGUACAAAGCUUCCAUAAUCAAUGUUAUGUUUCCUUUUUAAUGUAGUGAAAACUUUCUUCUGGCUGUUGCAUCUUCUGCUGACUGGAUUUAUCAAGAAGCUAAGUUUAAAUUGUUCUUUCUUUUGUGGGUUUGUUUGGGGGUUUUUUUGGCAGUCUUUUUAUUUAUUGCAUUUUAAUGCUGCACCCCUCUCUUUAUGUACCAAGGCAUCACAUCUGGUGCAAGACCUAAGAUUGCACUCUGAAGUAGCAUAUAUCAUUUUCUUCAUAAGCCUGAACUCGGUUGCAAGAAUUGUUAAGUUUCAAUAAAAGAAUUGAGGUAUAAAAGAAGGUAUAAAAAAAGCAAUGCUGCUGUCCUAGACAAAUCCCUUGAAAAGAAAAAUAAUUCAUAUGGUAACAUUUUCCUGUGUUAAGGAAUAUAUAUAUAUAUAUAUAUAUGUCUGUUUGUCUGGACAUCUGUCGGGUUGGGAGGGCAGGGGAGAAGGGAACCUAAGGUAAAAUUCUUUUCUUCCCUACUUGGUGGAAGUGAUUCCCAUACAAACAAAUAACUCUGUUGGGGUUUUUUGUCUGAUAAUGAGUUUGUGAAUUCUAUCUUUGGGUAUAUCUUCUUUUAUUAAAAUGCACUGUUUAGUUUAGCUGUGGUAAAUCAGUAGUUACAUAUUUGAAUAACUUGGUGUGUCCUGAAUGUUGUGGUAUUGAGAAAAAAAAAAGAAAA